CGCACUGGAGGCCUGGAGGGUUGAGGCGCCUGCGCAGUCGCUCUUCCUUAGGCCGCAGCCAUGGCGGGGCAAGAGGAUCCGGUACAGCGGGAGAUUCACCAGGACUGGGCGAACCGGGAGUACAUUGAGGUCAUCACCAGCAGCAUCAAGAAAAUCGCGGACUUUCUCAACUCGUUCGAUAUGUCUUGUCGUUCAAGACUUGCAACGCUAAAUGAGAAAUUGACAGCCCUCGAACGAAGAAUCGAGUACAUUGAAGCUCGGGUGACAAAAGGUGAAACGCUCACCUAGAAUUGUGCCACGCUGCUGCUGGGAAGUUGCUUUACAGAACACAGGCCUACAUGGGAAAGGCCCCAGCAGCCUUCAGCUCCUAACUCCUUCCUUAAAGAGCAACAGGGCUUAUUCUGGUUUUUCUUUUUUCAAGUGUGGCCUUUGGGCUCUGCCAUAUACAUGUGGGAGUACGAUGUGGCAUGUCGGGAGAAGUCUAGGGGAGCUCCUGGAAACAUUAGGCAUUUUACCUUUUCAGUAACAUUUUGUAGAACUGCUUGUCAAUGUAUUUCAGGCGCUCAGAGCCAAAAGCCUGGGACUCCUUGUUAAGGUCCUCCCCGCCUCUCUCUCUCUCUCUCAGACUUUCCUUACAGCUCUCAUUGCCUGUGCACUGGUUCUGUAAACAGUCUUUAUCUCCUCCCCACCUUUGGUGGAAGGUGGGAGGUGGUCCUGGCUGCAACACUCAUGUGGGCAAGGUGGCUGCCAGAAAGUGUUGCUGCUAACCCACCAGUUGUUCUUUUGGGGAGUUCAAGGCCAGGCCCCCACCUGACUUGAAGGGACAUUUUCAGAAUUUUCUUUCUGUCACUUGGGGCAUCUUUGCCUCUCAUAUUUCCCUAAUAAACUCCUCAACUUUAUCUGACUGCUGUGGUUGUGGUGGGGAGAGGAGCUAAAGAUGGGGCUCAGCGUUCCACAGAAAUCUGAUGGGUGGGGUGAUUAUUCUACAUAAAAUUGUCACAGGUAGCCAUUUGAUCAAAGUCUAGGUGGCUUACCAGACAGAGCCCCCAAGUUUGGUCUUUGAGCUGAGGAAUUCAUUCGGGGAAUCAUUUGAUCAUCAGUAGGCAUUUGCCAAGUACUUACUAUGUAGGCAUGUUAUGCUCCAAUAAAAGACGCAGCAUCGAAUCAGGCGUGAUGCUUACCGUCUGUUGAAAUACCAGCAUCCACACAAUUUAACCACAGUCCAGGGCAGACUUAGUUUUAUAAGGUAUAAGCUAAAUGUCUACUCCUUUUGAAAAGUGAUAAUUUAAACAGAAGACUCUAAAACUUUUCAUCCUAACAUCCAAAACUUUCUAUAAACUAGAGCCGACCUACUUCUAGAGGCUCAUUCCCUGUGUAGAAUCUCCCUUUUAGUCAUAGAGAAGUCAUUAUGCUCUGUACACAAAUUUCCCCCUAUUCAAAUCAGAGUUGCCAUUCAAGGUAUAGCUCAAGUCAGUCUCCUCCAGAAAGUUCUCCUGGACUUUACUUUUUCAUUCAAUACUGCCCUUUUCCUUUUCUUCACCCCUCCCAUCCUACCAUGCUAACACUACACUUCAGCUCUGGAUUUGAUCUUGUUAUGAAUUGUUCUCUGAUAAAGUGCCUGCAUCUUUUCCUGUACUUCCCAGCUAGGUGCCUUUUAGAAGGUGAGGAGUCAACAAAUAUCAAUCGAAUUAGCUUGCAUAGCUCAAGCUUUGCACUCUUACAUCAUUUUAGAACUCCUGCUUAGACCUUUGGAAGACCAUUUUAUGUAAUACCUUCAUUUGAAACUAGGAUUUUACCAAGGAGGCAAAAUUGACACCCUUUACUCUGGUAAGUGCUGUUUUUUGAACAUUAUUCAGCUCAUCAGAGUGCUUGAAACUGUCAUUUGAGCAUCCCUCUACUUGCUAGAUGGGAUGAUGCCCAAUUACUGAAUUGCUUAAUAAAGUCAAUUAGAUCUUCCAGUUUAAAAAGUCACGAGUUCAUUAUUCAUAAUAGCUCCCUUAUCCCUUCCAGGAUAAAGAAGAAAGUACUUGUAAAGUUCAGGUUUUAGGUUACCUGCUGCUCUGCCGUCAGAUGUUUGUUGAGUUCCUGCUCUCAGUGUAGGACUAUAACAUGAGAGAGUAAUGGGCCAAAAGUGAUGGUAACUUAUAGAGGAAAGAAAUGCCCUUCAUUUAAUGAAAUCACAUGUGAAAAUGUUCAAUACAUUUUUUAUGGUCCUAUAGAUACUAAUCUGUUAAUUUAUUGAUAGCAAAGUAAUAAUUCUAAAAAUAGUGCCGUAAAUAAUGCCAUAUUGUUAAUGGUAGCCUGCUAGUUGUAAAGAGAACUGGUAACAGUUGGUGUAGGAAACAAGUGUACCCAGCCUCCUCUACUGGUAGUAAUUCCUUUAUCCUCCCCUGCACUUCACACGAUCAGAGUGCUUUCCUGUGUUAUCACCCACUUUAUGAAACAAGGCCCUGUUUCACUCGAGGACACAUAGCUGGUAUGGUCUGUCAUUGAGUGUUGCCGUGUACUAGAUGUUCUGAGUGCUACAUGUGUUCUGUUUCAUUUAAUCCUCAAGCCCUAAGACAUAGGUAUUCUCUCCAUGUGACAGGUGAGGAGCAAGCUUAGAGAGUCUUCGCAUAUUGACCGAAGUUACACAAAAUAAGAGGAGGUGCUGAGUCUUGAGAUUACCUGACUUGCACUGCUCUAACCAUUCUUCUGCUUCUGAAUGUAGAUAGCCAGAUAAAACUUACUUUCUUGUUCCUAGUCCAGUGCCUUCACUGUACUCAGAUACUUGCAUGCAAAUACACAUCUAUGUUAGCCUUAAAUGCCUCCUCACCAUCCUUCCUUGCUAUGUCUGGCAAACACUGCAUUGAUGUCUGUAGCAUCUAGGUUCUCUUCUUCAGCUUCCUUUCUCUGAAGGUUUAAUUGUAUGUAUGUUGUAUUUUAAAGAAGUCUUACAUAAUGAAUUUAAUCAACUCUUGUACUGUCUCUCACUGUCUUGUACAGAGUUCUGGAGCCAAAAGAAGUAGCUACAUCCCCCUUCUGAAAGACCAUUUUUGGUCAGGCCCCAGAAACUGGUAUUUUAAGUUGCACAUCUUUGCUCAUGGGUCACUGUAGCCCAUAAAUAAUGUUAUUCUAAACCACCAUUUAUUUUGUUCCCAAGGUGUCACUUCAACUUAAUGCAAUUACAGUCCUGAAAUACUAGUAUUUCACCCUGAGGAUGAUAAAGUUACAUUUUAUAUUUUAAUCUACAUUUACUAAAUUAUUCCUUUUUUAAACAUGUUUAAUCACUAUGACAAAACUUGUUGACAGCAUAGUUGUUUUGAGUUGAACUGUAAGGAAACAGUUUCAAAGAGGUUAAAUAUACCCAGAUUUUCUGAA